UCGACUCCACUUGAAAGGCACAUAAACACAACAGGAAAGUGUCUCUCCUUGAACAGAAAUGAGGAAGCUGCUUUACAGACACGCCUGCUUUCCACACGUCACUCAAACACAGAAGCAGGAAACUAUUUCAACUGCUCAGUUCAGGGAAACAGAAACUGAAGUAUUCAGUAUUCAUGCAGUAAAAUGGCAGAAGCCAGGAUUUCAGUGGAUCAGAAUGCGUUCACGUGUCCAGUGUGUCUGGAUCUCCUAAAGGAUCCAGUGGCCAUUCCCUGUGGACACAGUUACUGUAAGAGCUGUAUUACAGACUGCUGGAAUCAGGAGGAUGAGAAGAGAGUCUACAGCUGCCCUCAGUGCAGACAGACCUUCAGUCCAAGACCUGCUUUAGGUAAAAACACCAUUCUGGCUGAAAUGGUGGAGAAACUGAAGAAGACUAAACUUCCUGCUGACUGUUACGCUGGAGCUGGAGACGUGCAGUGUGACGUCUGUACUGGAAGAAAAUACAAAGCUGUCAAGUCCUGUCUGGUGUGUCUGGAAUCUUUCUGUCAAACUCAUUUUGACCGUCAUGAGGAAUAUCACUCUCGUAAGCCACACAAAGUGAUCGAUGCCACUGGACGACUGCAGGACAUGAUCUGCCAUAAACAUGAUAAAGAGCUAGAAAUGUACUGUAUCACUGAUCAACAAUGCAUCUGUGUGUGGUGUAAGGAGUCUGAACAUAAAAACCACAACACUGUAUCAACUGCAGCACAGAGGACAGAGAAACAGAAACAGCUGAAGGAGACGCAGAUGAAGAUCCGUCAGAGAAUCCAGCAGAGACAGAAAGAUCUUCAGCAGCUGAGAGAGGCUGUGAAGUCUCAUAAGUGCUCUGCACAGACAGCAGUGGAGGACAGUGAGAGGAUCUUUACUGAGCUCAUCCGCUCCAUUGAGAGAAGCCGCUCUGAGGUCACACAGCUGAUCAGAGAUCAGGAAGAGGCUGCAGUGAGUCGAGCUGAAGGACGAAUGGAGCGACUGGAGCAGGAGAUCAAUGAUCUGAGGAGGAGAGACGCUGAGCUGGAGCAGCUUUCACACACACACCAUCACAUCCAUUUCCUGCAGAGUUUCCAGUCUCUCUCAGCACCUCAUGAAUCUACAGAUGAACCUGACGAUCCCUUCAGUUCUCUCUCUUCUUUUGAUGGCAUGAGAGAAUCUGUCUGUCAGCUGAGAGACAAACUGGAGGAUUUCUGCAAAGAGGAGAUCAAGAAGAUCUCUGGCAGAGUCACAUUCACCAACAUGAAUCCCAAGACCAGGAACGACUUCCUACAGUAUUCCCAUCAGCUCACUCUGGAUCUGAACACAGUGAAUAAACAGCUCUGUCUGUCUGAGAAGAGCAGAGUGAUUACUAACACUGGCACAGUCCAGCCGUAUCCUGAUCAUCCAGACAGAUUUGAUUAUUAUUAUCAGGUGUUGUGUAGAGAGAGUGUGUGUGGACGCUGUUACUGGGAGAUUGAGUGGAGUGGACAUGUGUAUAUAUCAGUAUCAUAUAAGAACAUCGGCAGGAAGGGAUUGGGUAGUGAGUGUGCGUUUGGUCUUAAUGAUCAGUCCUGGUGUUUCUACUGCUCUUCCUCCAGAUACUCAUUCUAUCACAAUAAGAUAGUGACUGCUCUCCCUGUAAAGUCUAUCAGCUCUAGAAUAGGAGUGUAUGUGGAUCACAGUGCAGGAACUCUGUCCUUCUACAGCGUCUCUGACACAAUGAGCCUCAUCCACACAGUCCAGACCACAUUCACUCAGCCGCUCUAUCCUGGGUUUUGGGUUUUGUCAGGAUCAUCAGUGAAACUGUGUUGAUGUUUCAGAAUAAACUGUAGAGAGAUUUUACCCAUGAUAAAUCAGUAAGGUGCGUUCCAUUCGACCGCAAGUGGACUGCGAAGUGGACUUCACAGGGUAUUUCGCCAUCUUAAGUGAGAUUCCAAUCCGAAGGGAGCGAACAUGUUCAGUUCGAAGGGCACUGCGAACGGCAUAGGGAAUAAGGGAACAUAGAUACAUCACUUCACAGGAAGUGAGGUCAAAUCACCCAACUGUCAUUGCACACAGCGUCACCAGUCAGAACUAUGAUGGAGGAGAGCCAUUGAAAGAGUUUUUAAACAGCUCUGUGAUGGAGGAAUUUACAUAUGCGUUUUGAGUAUUCAUAAAUUUUGUUAUUAUAUGAACGAGAGUAUUUAUGAAUGGUUAUGGCGAUGAGUGUUACAUUUGCAUGUUGUAGGCAUGACAAAGUACAAGUGUUGAAAAGCAGCUGAGGCUCUGACAUUUUUUAUUUUACUUUAUUUAGGCUACCUCAGAGAGUUUACUAUGCGGCUGUGCAUGGAAAAGAAAUCGCAUGAGAUGAGAGCCAGACCAUGACAGUUACAGCUUCAAAUCUGUUAAUGGUCAAUUAAUAGCGCAAUAGUAAUACAAUAAACAUACAAAACACAUAUUAUUUAUGUAAAAAACUUAUAUAUGUAUUCUAUAUAUUUUAAAUUUGAAAGUAAUACCUAUUUAUGUUAUAAUCUGCGCGACACUGUAUUUGACUUUCUUCGAUGACGUUUGCAGGGCGUUCCAAAUGAACAAUUUAUUGUCAGUGAAGUCCAGUACAACUGAUCUACCGUGCUCAGGGAGUAGGGAGCAGUGAACACUGCGUAGGGACCCUGUCGAAUGGAACGCAGCUAGAGUCUCUUAUUUCCUCGUCAUUACACUAAUACAGCUGAACUUCACUGAAAUAACAGAAUAAAUGUGUAUUAAAUCCUCAAACAGACAGUACUGUAAGAACUGUAAGAACUGUGUGUGUGUUUUUGUGACAUAUCAGGACACAAAUGUGUAUAAUGACAUGGGUAUGACAGGUAUUACAAGGAGAGGGUGACUUAUGAGGACAUUACCCCAUGUCGCCACUUUUCAAAAGCCUUAUAAAUCAUACAGAAUUAGUUUUUGUGAGAAAGUAAAAAUGUGAACAGUUUCCUGUGAUGGUUAUGGGUAAGGGUAGUGUAGGGGGAUAGAAAAUACAGUUUGUACAGUGUAAAAAAAUUAUAGUAUCAGUGUUGUUGUGAAAAACAGUGAGCUCUGAAGGUCUGGUAACACCUUAUAAUAACUUUAAUAAAUCUUUAACAAACAUUAUAUAACACUUAAGAGAUAAUUAGUUAAUUUAUAUUUAAAUAGCUAGAAAUAUGUGAUAAUGUGCUUGUUAAUGUUUGCUAAUAGACGUAUUAAACAUAAUAAUUAACAGACCAUUAUUUAAUGUAAAUUAAAAUACUUACAAUUGUCAUUAAACUUUCCAUUCAUAUGAUCAUGCACUUCUUGAAAAUCUUCAAAUGUUGUUAAACUUCAGUUCAUAUUUUAAUGCACUUUUUUACAUUUACAAAUGAACAAAUGCAUAAAGCUGUUUAGCUAUGAGAGAUCUGGAUGUUCAACAGAAAAUGUAACAAUAUAAGAAUGACUUUAUAAUUAUAUGUAUUUAACUCUUUAACUCUUCAAACUUUUAUUUUUAUAUUUCCAACAUUUAUUUUCCACUGGCACAAUGUGUUAGAUUUUACUGGUAUGGCUAUAAUUGUAUUUUGUUCAUUGAUGAAAUUAAUAUGCUGGUAAAUCUGUAUAUUCAAUUGAAGUUCAGCUAUGAAAUGUAAGAGAUGAAACCUAAAUAAAGCUGUUGAUGUGAAGCAAUAA